CGUGAACCGCUUGUGUUCGCAGGUAAUUGGAAAGUCUUUGUUUUUCACACGCGUUUAUCACACACAAUGUAGGCUUUUCUGGCGGUCCAGAUGCGGCCACACCGAACACGAGUUUAUUAAACAUGGAAAUUGACUUGGGAUUUGCUGAAAAGAGCGAUGAUGCCGCCUGGCUGAGCAACCGCUACUUCCCAAGCAAGCUGGGUGGACAACCCGCUUGGCUGGAACUGGAGGUCCUGCCGACCACGUCGCAGUUGCAGUGCAGCAAGUGCCAGGCGCCAAAAUCCUUCCUGGUCCAACUUUACGCUCCUUUCGAGGAUGAGUUUAACUUUCACCGGUCGAUCUAUGUGUUCCUCUGCCGGAAUCCCGACUGCCAGGAGCCCCAGAGUGCAGGAAAUUUCACGGUGCUGAGGUCACAGUUGCCGCAGAAAAACAAGUUCUUCUCGGAGGAGGAGCCUAGCGAUGUGGGAGAUCCUUUGCCCGCCAUAUCCUGCCUGAAGAAACUGUGUGCCGCCUGUGGUUGCCAUGCGCCACACGCCUGCAGCAAAUGUAAGGCCAUCCACUACUGCUCCGCGGAACACCAGCGUGCCCACUGGCCACAGCACAAGCCAAACUGCGGAGCUUCAGCCGGACCAACGUCCAAACCUCUAACCCAUAUCGUUUUCCCAGAAUUCGAGAUCGUCAUGGAUACUAAUCCCAUAGAAUCUGGAAAGGAUGACAAAGACGACGAGGCUCGAUUGGCCGAGUUUCAGGAACUGGAGGCCAGUGGUCAGACGGGCGACCUAAGCAACGUUCCCGAGGCUGAGAUGGACAAAUACUUUGGAAACACCGCGACCGCCGACGACAAGACCUUCCGUCAGUUCAAAAAGCAAACGGCAGCGGAACCCGAUCAGAUCGUGAGAUACAAGCGCGGGGGCCAGCCUCUGUGGAUCGCUAACACUGCCCAAACGGUGGAGGAUCAACUUAAGGAGCUGCCCAAUUGCACCCAUUGUGGAGGAGCCCGCCAGCUCGAGUUCCAGAUUAUGCCGCAAACACUGACGCUGCUGGAAGACGAAAACCUAGAUUGGGGCGUUUUGGCGGUUUACACUUGCGCCAAGAGCUGUGCCAUCGAGGGCUACGUGGAGGAGCUGCUCAUCAAGCAGGACAUUGUGGCAGAGGAGCAGAGUUGACAUUAAAAUGCAUACAUAUAAA